CGGCGCGCUGCAGGCGGGGGCGGCAGUGUUGUGGCUGGGGUAGGGGCAGGGGAGGGCUCGGCUGGGUGCGGGAGGUGGAGGUGCGGCAGUGGCGGAGUCAGCCCGGCCGCCGCCAUGCCCGGCAUUGACAAGCUCCCUAUCGAGGAGACGCUGGAAGACAGCCCCCAGACCAGGUCUUUGCUGGGAGUAUUUGAAGAAGAUGCUGCUGCAAUUUCCAAUUAUGUCAAUCAGUUGUUUCAAGCCAUGCACAGGAUAUAUGAUGCACAGAAUGAAUUAAGUGCAGCAACACAUCUGACUUCAAAGCUUCUGAAGGAAUAUGAGAAACAGCGUUUUCCACUAGGGGGAGAUGAUGAAGUGAUGACUUCCACUCUACAGCAAUUUGCAAAAGUGAUAGAUGAGCUCAGCUCUUGCCAUGCAGUACUGUCAACUCAACUUGCAGAUGCAAUGAUGUUUCCUAUUACCCAGUUUAAAGAAAGGGAUCUUAAAGAGAUACUGACUCUAAAAGAAGUUUUCCAAAUUGCAAGCAAUGAUCAUGACGCUGCCAUUACCAGAUACGGUCGGUUGUCAAAAAGAAGGGAAAAUGAAAAGAUCAAGGCUGAAGUUAUGGAAGAUGUAUAUACUUCAAGGAAAAAACAGCAUCAAACUAUGAUGCAUUAUUUCUGUGCAUUAAAUACUCUUCAGUACAAAAAGAAAAUUGCUAUGCUAGAACCCCUGCUAGGAUACAUGCAGGCUCAGAUAAGCUUUUUUAAAAUGGGUUCAGAAAAUCUUACUGAGCAACUGGAAGAAUUUUUGACCAACAUUGGCACAAGUGUACAGAAUGUUCGCAGGGAAAUGGAUUGUGAAGUAGAAAACAUGCAACAAACUAUAGAGGAUUUGGAAGUAGCCAGUGAUCCACUGUAUCUGCCUGAUCCAGAUACUACGAAAUUUCCUGUUCAUAGAAACCUGACACGGAAAGCUGGCUAUCUCAAUGCAAGAAAUAAGACAGGGCUGGUAUCUUCCAGCUGGGAGAGACAGUUUUACUUCACUCAAGGUGGAAAUCUGAUGAGCCAGGCAAGAGGUGAUGUAGCUGGGGGACUUGUCAUGGAUAUAGACAAUUGCUCUGUAAUGGCUGUGGACUGUGAAGACAGACGGUACUGUUUUCAGAUAACAUCAUUUGAUGGCAAAAAGUCUUCAAUCUUACAGGCAGAGAGUAAAAAAGAUUAUGAAGAGUGGAUAUGCACCAUAAACAACAUAUCUAAACAGAUAUAUCUAAGUGAAAACCCUGAGGAAAUCGCUGCACGUGUGAAUCAGUCAGCUCUGGAGGCUGUUACUCCAUCCCCUUCUUUCCAGCAGAGGCAUGAAAGCAUGCGGCCAGCUGUACAAUCUCGUCCUCCUGCGGCUCGUACUAGCAGUACAGGGUCACUGGGAUCUGAAUCAGCAGGUUUAUCGGCACUUUCCUUGGAUUCACUUGUUGCACCUGACACUCCUAUACAAUUUGACAUAAUAUCUCCAGUUAGUGAAGAUUUUCCUGGUCAAACAAAAUCUUCAGGGCAAUCAGGCAGACGCACAAAUCCUUUUGGUGAAUUGGGAGGCUCAAAAUCUGAAACAGAAGAUUCAAUUCUUCAUCAGUUAUUUAUUGUGAGAUUUCUUGGCUCUAUGGAGGUGAAAUCUGAUGAAAGUCCAGAUGUUGUUUAUGAAACAAUGCGUCAAAUACUGGCAGCUCGUGCCAUCCAUAACGUUUUCCGGAUGACAGAAUCACAUUUGUUAGUCACAUGUGGCUGCUUAAAGUUAAUUGAUCCACAGACACAAGUUACAAGACUACGAUUUCCUUUGCCCAAUGUAGUCUUGUAUGCUACGCAUCAGGAGAAUAAGCGCCUUUUUGGAUUUGUGCUCAGAACCUCAGGAGGGAGAGUUGAGAGCCGCCAAACUUCCAUCUGCUACAUCUUUGAAUCAAAUAAUGAAGGGGAAAAGAUUUGUGACUCUGUUGGACUGGCAAAACAGAUUGCUUUUCAUGCAGAACUGGAUCGAAAAGCAUCAGAAAAGCAGAAAGAAAUGGAUAGAGUCAAAGAGAAACAACAAAAAGAACUGAAUAAACAGAAACAAAUUGAAAAGGAUUUAGAGGAGCAAAGCCGGUUAAUAGCUGCUUCCAGCAGAUCCAACCAGAACAGUGGAGAAGGACAAUUUGUAGUCCUUAGCAGUAGCCAGUCGGAAGACAGUGAUUUAGGAGAAGAUGGAAAGAAGAAGAGAGAAUCUGAAGCCUAAGUUUGCCUACUUUAUGAAAACUGGAAUCAUGGAUCAAUUUGGUGAAAUGGAACGAGUUCUACAAGAAGUGAAAUGCAGGUGGAGGGUCUGCUGUGUCAUAUAAAAAACUUCAUAAUACGUAGACCCUAUAAUGCCUUGAUCAUUCUUUUUCAAUUAAGUGAUUUCCAUUUUCAUGUCAGUAUAAUUUCUCUUCUAUAUGACAUGUAGCAUGGUGAUGCUACCAUGUUUGUUGCAAAAUUAUGUUUUCUCAAGGCUUCUCUGCAGUAAGGAAAAAACUGGGGGGUUUUGUCUCCAUUUACCUCUCUGUGCAAUUGACUGCUCUUGAAGCAAAACUCAAAACUCUUGUUGGACUUCAAUAGUACAUUGAAACUCGUUCUUUACAUGCAGUGUGGACACCACCUUGCUGAAAACAAAAUCGGAUGUCCAAAUAUGACAGUGCUAAGCUUUACCUAACUUGUUGCACAUAACUGUUCUUAAAUUUAGAAGGAAGAAUCCUUAAUGACAUCAGUGAGAUGUGCAAUAGUUCUAGAUAGAAGGAUCUUAUUUUUUGUUUCAUAUUGCACUGUAUGAUACUGUCUUGAUUUCUUCAGUGAAUAUAAUGCUGAAAGACUUCUUUCACCAAAAGGAAAAAAUACUGUCAGAGCUAGGUAGAAGAUGAGAUGCAGUUGCACUUUGCUGCGUGAGGAAUGUAUAAAGCAUUCCUUAUCAAAUGAUAAGAAUAAUGUAUAUACUCUUGUAGCACAAGUGCCAUGUUCUUGGCUUUUCCCCGGUAGUGUAAUGAAAAGCUGUAAGCCUUCGAGUUCACUUUUUAUAAAACAGGCUUAGAGUUGCAGGAACAUCUUGAAUUCCAUCAUUUUAAAAAUCUAAUGCAUAUGUAAAUGCCUUGCCACCAGUAGACUACACUUACUGAAAAGGAGUUGAGGCUCUUUAAGCCUUUUUAUGGAAAUUAGUUUUACAAACAGAAUGUACUUAGCUCUGAAGUAAGAGGCUAUGCUAAUCCUACAUCCUAGAGUCAAUCCUGUAAAGUGUGUUUCAGAGCAGUAUCUGUUUACAGCUUCUAAUCUGAACUCCAUAUUCCAUACCCUAUGUAAUAUUUAUUUUGUAUAGUACUAAAUGCGCAUUCACCUUUUGCUCCAGAAGAGAAAACUUGUUUGAAGAGAAAUAUUUAUUUUUGCACUAAUUACUAUAAAUACUAAAAUCCAGUGGAACAGAAUAUAUCUCUCUAAUAGUGGCAUGAAGAUAACAAAGUAUAGAAAGAGAAGAAUAUACUUAUACUCCAAGUUAUAACAGUUACGAGUGUUUUACAGUUCACUGCAGGGCAUUUCUGGUGUUCAGGAAUGGAAGCAAUUUUCACACCACCUCCUGAUCAGCUGGUGAUGGCCCAGCCGUUCAUUGCUGGAGCUGCUCAGUGCCAAUACAGUAUGUGAGGAAUUUCAAGACCUCUCUGCUCCAUGCCUGUAGGUGCAGGGAGGGAUCAGUGUCCUUAGCCCUCCUCAUGUGCUGGAGUGGUCCUGUGCUGGCAGCACUUCCCUUUUGGUGCACAAGUUCCCAGCCUCUGGCUCCUGUCACAGGAGAUCGGGGAGUAGUGCAGCCCUUGCAGCACUGGGCAAGAUUGACAGAGCCGAGUUCCUGGAGCACUGCAGCCUGGGGAAGGGCUUCAGCAACUGGGGAAGGGGUGACACUAUGCCUUCCUUGAGAGAGAAGGGGAGGCUGCAUCUCCACAUUCUCUUCCUGAGUUAGUUAGCAAGGCUUGCUUCAGUACAUUUUUUGUCACCAGAGUAGCCUGUCACUUGCAGAAAUUUUGCUGUUGCCCAGUCAGACCAGACGGUGUUGCCCUGUGGCCAGAUUUGGCUUGAGUAUUGUCACAUGGACCACACACAUCUGAGGCUUUUGUCUGAAGAAAGAGUGGCAUUUUUAUUUUGUCCUCUGUUCUCUGCUUUCAUCCAUAGGACACUUUAUAUUCUUGCCAACAAAAGGGUGCAGAGGCAACAAACCCUUUUUUUUUUUUUUUCCCUUUUUUGUGCCUAAAUCCUGGCUUACAGAUCAUUGCAUGGUAGCCAGGUUGUCUCUGCAGAUCACUCCAGUUCAGGUUUCUCUGUUCGUCUGUUGGUUUUCACUUACUGCUAGUUCUCUUUUCUAUCAAAUAAUAUGGCAGUAUAGCUCAAGGUUACUGGGUCUUACUGUAUCUUCCUCAGGUAUGUGCUGAAAAUGAAGUAGUUUUGGAACAGCACAGGAAGAAUAGGAAAUUGGUGGUCUCCAGUUUCUAGAAUGUACUCACCCAGCCUGUCGAUUGUGUUGAGCAGUUUAGCUGCAGUAGCCCCAGCUCCAUAUGGAAGAGUUAAUAGAUUAGCAGUCUCAUCAGAAAGCACUUCUGAUGUAUAGCCUGUUUUGCAUUAGCGUUAUUGAAGGAAUGUCAGAAAAUUGAAUGGCUACAUUUUUUCUUGAAACCCACCAUUACUAUUUCAGACAUAAAUCUGUAAAGAUGAUGAAGAAAGCAGGAGAGUAAAGUUGGCAGAUGAAUUUGCUGUCAUACAGGAUUUUUCAGAUUUAGCAAUGCAUAAGUGGAAUUGCUCCAUUUGCAUAGGUGGAAAGCCUGAAAAGCAAUUAAAUGUAGUUCUCUAAACCAUAUAGGAGUGAAGGGUGUUUUGUUUGUGUUGGAGGAUUCUCAUCCAAACAACUAAAAAAAGGGGGAAAUGAUUGAAGAGAGUAAAAGCAGAUUAAUAUGCAUGAAUGAAAUAAAGGGGGAUAGUUUUGCUUAUUUUGGAGAGUCUCACUGGUAUAAGAUGAGCAAAUAAAAAAGCAUCUAGGAGAGUGAUGGAAGCUGCAGGAGCAAAAGGGAGGUCAGAAGAGAUGAGGAGUUUAACAGGAGUGGUGCACUGAGUGAGCAUUAAGGGGAGGAGCACAAGACUCUUAAGUAGAACCACCUCAGGGCAAAAAAUAGCUGCUGAGGUUUUAUUCAUGCCCUCAUCCUCGAAGUA